AUGGAGGGGUGGUUGACCUUAAGUUUGAUAGCACUAUCCACGCUACUGGCCCUUUGGUUUUUCAAGCUCUCCGGCGGUAAGAAGCAGCGGCUGCCUCCAGGGCCAUGGAGACUCCCGAUCAUCGGCAGCCUCCACCACGUCGUCAGCGUCCUCCCGCACCGCACCAUGACAGAGCUGUGUCGCUGGCACGGGCCCAUGAUGUACCUCCAGCUAGGCGAGGUCCCCACCGUGGUGGUUUCCAGCGCGGAGGCGGUGGGGCAGAUGAUGAAGGCCAGCGACCUCCUGUUCGCGAACCGGCGGACCACCGGGAUGCAGGACAUCGUCGGCUAUGGUGGCAUGGGCAUCAGCUUCGCCCCCUACGGCGACCACUGGCGCCGAAUGCGCAAGGUGUGCGCCACGGAGUUCCUCAGUUCCAAGCAGGUCAGGCGCAUGGAGAGUGUCAGGUCCGAGGAGAUGGGCAGCCUCCUCCGCUCCAUGGCGGCAUCACCUGGCGCCACCGUCAACGUCAGCCAGAAGGUGGCGGCGCUGAGCAACGACGUCGUGGCACGGGCGGUCUUCGGCGGCAAGUUCAGCCAGCGGGAGGAUUACAUCCACGCGUCUCACCAGGUCAUGAACCUUCUGGGAGGCUUCUCCCUCGUCGACCUCUUCCCGUCCUCGAGGCUCGUGCGGUGGCUGAGCAGCGAGGAGCGCCGCAUGAAGAGCAGCCUCGACCUCAUGCAGCGCAUCAUCACCGAUAUCCUCGUCGAGUGCAAGGCGGUGCGAGCUGCCAGUACGCGACGAAGGGCUCUUUGUGGGCUGCUAGACGUGCUGCUCACAUGCCAGGAGGAGGACUCGCUGGAAUCCCCUCUAACCACAGAGAUGAUGACCACCGUCUUGUUUGACAUUUUUGGAGGCGCUACUGAUACCACCUCAACCACUUUUGAGUGGGCUAUGUCGGAACUCAUCAAUCAUCCGAUAGCCAUGGCUAAGGCACAAUUAGAGGUCCGUGGGGUACUAGGUCCAGACCGAGCUAUCAUUGUCAGCAGCGACCUUGCAGAACUCCACUACAUGCGGAUGGUCAUCAAGGAAACAUUAAGAUUGCAUACACCUGCUACUCAACCGCAAGAAUGGAGAGGACUGCAAAAUUAUGGGUUAUGA